GUCAAAUGUUUGUGGAAAGGUUUUGAAUUUGAAAUACUGGAUCACUUGAGAAAAUUUACCCCAUGAAAGCUAGGUGUAACUAGUGCUAGUUAUGUUUGAUUUUAGAACCCCAUUUUGGACAAAUAAAUAGGGCUUACAUUCUGGGCUUUUGUUAGAUUUCAAAAUUUCAACUUGCUUAUGUUAUGGAUCUUUAACUUCAGCUGAAGAUUUUGGAAUGGUCUUUUACCCGUUUUCAGAUGUUUUUCGUAAUGAAUACUGCUAUCCCUUAAGGCAGGUAGGAGUGACCCUUGGCAGGCAUGUGGGAUUUCAUUCAUGAUUUUCAAUACUUAGCUGAAGGUCUGUGUUGGUAUUCUGUGGAGGCCUUUGACUUUGUAACUGGUGAAUUCCCUGUGCUUUGCUUGAUUUUUGCCUCUUUCCUUCUGCGAGUUUAUCAGAUUCUUCUUUUGCCAAAUCUUGAUUUCUUAGAUUCUUCAUUUGAUAUGAGACAUGAAGACUUUGGUUUGAUUUUGUAAAUGGUUAUCAGUGGUUAGAAAAGUCAAGUUAACGUUCGAGAACCAGAAAGAGGGAAAAGCAAAAUUAAUGUAACUUUUCGGAUUUUUUGUCCUGGCAUCUGAGUGGAAUUGGUUGUGAUCUGAUCGGGGAUAUUGUUUACCGAUUUUACAAUGGAUUCAAUUCAAAAUAAAGUUUAUUACUGUUGUGUUUCUAAAGGUAAUAAUGUCCUGUAUGCGUAUAGCGGUGGAGACCAAGGAAUUGAGAAUGUUGCAGCUUUGUGCUUGGAGAGGGCUCCUCCUUUCCACAGGUGGUAUUUUGAGACAAUAGGUAAAAGGACUUAUGGGUUUUUUAUGGAAGAUGGGUAUGUUUACUUCGGUAUCAUUGAUGAAGGUCUUGGUAACUCAGUACUUCUUCGGUUUUUGGAGCAUGUUAGAGAUGAAUUCAGAAAGCUAGCUAGAAAAGGUUCAAGGGGAAUUUUGCCAAACAUGAACUCAAUUUAUAUUCAGGAAAAACUGGUUCCCGUCAUCCACAGCCUGAUCACUUCAUUAGAGAAUGUCUCAAAUGGUAGUAGUAAGUGGAGAGAUGAAACUUCCUCAUCUCUUCAUGUAGAUCUGUCUCCAUCACCUAGUAAUUUGAAUGGACAAAUUGAAAGUGCUAGUUCAACAAAAGCCCCUUUAUUGGGAAAAUCUAGCAAGCCGGAGAAGAAGAAAGUAAAGGAUCAUGUGAUUGCAAUGAGAGAUGUUGAGUUAGAGGAGCAUCGGAAAUCUACUGAGAGAGGAGCAAGGGCUGAUUCAGGAAAUAUGGAUUGUAUUAGCCAAGGCGGUGCAGGUGCAUCAGUUUUGCAAAAGGAUGUGGGUUCAAUGAGGACGAGAUCAAGCCCUCAAAACAUUCGUAGGAAAUGGUGGAGCCAAGUACGCAUUGUUCUAGCUAUUGAUGCAGCUGUGUGUAUAAUAUUAUUUGUCAUCUGGUUAGUAAUAUGUCAUGGUUUAUCCUGCAUUCGAUAGAAUUCAACCUUCUUAUGUGACUCUCAAUUUGAAUCAUUAUCAUAUUGGAACUUGAGAUUUUUCAUGCAUGAUCUGAUCAACAACAGACAUUGGUUUCUUUAGUGGAGUACGCAGAUAGAAGUUAAGUAUUUGUCUUGUUGGUGAGAUCUUUAGUGCUUAUUUGUAGGCAUGUGCUUCUGGUUACCCAUGUAAGAGUGUACUGUACAGUUUCGUUACUUUUAAACAUAUCUUUACUUGUAUAUGAAUUUUGGGAAGAUU